AUGCGGAAAGAGCAUUGCUCUGUUUUAGCAGAGAAGAAGGCCCUCUCAGACGAGACGGCCAUGCAUGCAGCGAUUCGAGGAAUCCGAGAAGAGCUCCGCGUGGACAUCAGCGCGGACACGGAAGGCUUAGUGCACAGCCCCUUAGAGGACAUCAGUUUUGCUGAAGAAAUGGAUUCCGCCUCCUAUCCCGGACUGCCUGCAAUCUAUGAGACAACGCAGAUCCGCCUGAAUGUCCAGUCAGGAAGUUCAGCGGAGCGUGCCUUCACGCACUGCGGCCUGCCUGCUUGCAAGCCUUUCGAGACUGUGGAGAUGAAGCUGGAGGGGGAGCUACGUUUGGGUUGGGAGCCGGCCCCAGCUACAGCUCUAAGUUUUCAGUAA